UGUCGAUUGAAUUUAAUCCGCAACUCACAUGUUACAGAAUCUAAGCUUAAUAGCAUACACCACACUUUCAUUUAAACCCUGUAUAUGACAAAGUAACAUGUCCAUGAUUUUGCAAAGGUUGUUACUACAAAUCUACAAUGGUCGAUGUUCAUCAAGAGGGAUUUGACAUGCUUGCUACAAAAAAGGAGCUUAAUUCUGAUGCCAUGAAGAGGAUUAGCGAUUGGAUUUUCUCCCAAGAGAUCCCAAGUGAUGUCACAGUUUGUGUAAGAGGUGUUUCUUUUUCCAUACACAAGUUUCCUUUAGUCUCAAAGUGUGGUUAUAUAAAGAAACUAUUAGCAGACCCAAAUCAUUCCGAUCUUUCUGUAGUGGAAAUCCCUGAUAUCCCAGGAGGACCUGAAGGAUUUGAACUUGCUGCAAAAUUCUGUUAUGAAACAAAUAUCGAGUUAUCAAAAGACAACAUUGCAAUGGCAAGAUGUGUUGCAGAAUACCUAGAAAUGACCGAAGAAUAUGCAAUUGGCAACCUGGUAUCAGUAACAGAAUCCUAUUUAAACGAAUCAGGAUUCAAAAACUUAUCAGCUGCAGUUUCCAUUUUGCAAUCGUCAGCAGAUUUCUUACCAAUCUCUGAAAAAGUAAAACUGAUUGAUCGAUGUAUUGACACUAUCGCGUUCAUGGUGACUGAAGAAAGUCAAGUUUGUUUGUUUGGAAGUGCAGACAGCAGCAAUGAUUUGAAUUCGAAUUCUUUGUCAUCUUCGUCUCAUGCAAGAUCUGUAGUUGAUUGGUGGGCUGAAGAUUUGAUUGUUCUUAGAAUCGAUAUCUUUGAAAGGGUUCUUCUUGCAUUAGUUUCAAGAGGAUUCAAACAAUUUGCACUUGGUCCCGUUUUAAUGCUUUAUGCUCAAAAAUGUCUUCGAGGUUUGGAAAUCUUUGGAAAAUCCAAGAAAAAGCUGGAGCCAAACCAAGAACACGAGAAGAGGGUAAUUUUGGAAACAAUAGUCGGGCUCUUGCCAAGAGAAAAGAACGCAGUGUCAAUAAGCUUUCUUUCAAUGUUGCUUCGAGCUUCCAAUUAUUUAGACACAACAGUCUCAUGCAAGCUCGAUUUAGAGAAAAGAAUGGGAUUACAAUUAGGGCAUGCAGUUUUAGACGAUAUCUUGAUUCCUUCCUUUUGCUUUGAUGGUGACACGUUGUUUGAUGUUGAUACAGUUCAACAAAUGAUGAUGAUUUAUAUUGAAAACAAUUUCACAGACACGUGUCCUAUAGACCAUGUUUCACCAACACAAACUGAUAACGAAAAUGUCGGGAAGAUCAUGGAGAGCUUUCUUGCAAAAAUAGCUUCUGAUCGAAACAUGUUGGUUUCAAAAUUUAUAAACUUUGUUGAAUGUAUUCCACCUCAAGUAAAGGUUACAGAAGAUGGAAUGUAUAGAGCCAUUGAUAUCUACUUGAAGGCUCAUCCAGCAAUAAGUGACAUGGAUCGAAAGAAAGUUUGCAGUUUAAUGGAUUGUCAGAAGCUAUCACGUGAAGCACGUGCUCAUGCAGCUCAAAACGAGAGGCUUCCUGUUCAAACUGUGGUUCAAGUUCUUUACUACGAACAACAACGAUUGCAAGAAACAACUACAGGUGGUAAUGAAUAUGAUCAUAGCGCAACUAAUAGCAAAUCGUUUAAUAGUACUACUCCUUCAUCUCCAAGCUCAGUAGCAUCAGUAUCAGAUGAAAUUUCAAGCUUAAAAAAAGAAAAUCAAGAACUUAAAUUCGAGCUUCUGAAGAUGAAAACAAGAUUGAAGGAGAUUGAGAGAUCAGGUGGUAAUAAACCAAGGGUGGUUAAUAACAAUACGAGUACAGCUGGUAGUGGUAAGCCACCAUUGCCUAAAAAGUCGUUGAUAAGUUCAGUGACGAAAAAGCUUGGGAAAAUUACACCAUUUUUACAUGCGGAUGGGUUUUUGCCUUCGAGUACACGUGGCAGGAAUAAACCUGAUAAAGAUCGAAGGCAUUCGGUAUCUUGAAGUUUGGCAGUAGGAUUGUUGGUUUCCGCUGCUUAAAUUUUAAUUGGUAAAUACUUAAUACUUAAUGUCAUGUUGUAAAACACAUUUUUGCAUGAUAUAUUUGUUUAUAUAUAUGGGAUUUGGACGAUUGGUGUUGAAAGCUUUAAUGUUAUGUAUAUUAUACGAUAUAGCCC